GUUGCCUAAGCAGCCUAUUCGUCUAAUACCAGAUUUAUCACAAGUCACCGCCCGUCUUUGUGCAUACACUUGCUAAGCUGGUGGUAUUUUAUAGGUUAUACUGAGGAUGAUCAAUUAAAGGCUCCAUAUUGUGAUCGAGACACGAUGUAUUUCUUUCUAUACGGAUAACUGGGAAAUGUUCUGCUAUUGAUGGGAAGAAAUUAAUUUUUUGAAGAUGAAGGGCACCACACUGGAUUUGCGAGUCUCCAUUUCGCUUUUCUGCGUUGUGACUGCGAUCAGUGGACAGAUUCGUUAUUCUAUACCAGAGGAGAUGAGGAAAGGACUGUUUGUCGGAGACGUUGCUAAAGACCUCGGCUUGGAUGUUAAAAGGUUGGUGUCUGGUCGGGCUCGACUUGUUAUAGAUAAUGAAAUUCAGUAUGUCACGCUGAAUCAGAACAAAGGCCAUAUCGUUGUCAAUGAGAGAAUUGACAGGGAAAAGAUGUGCGCCAAGAAGUCGCCCUGUAGCUUUAGUCUAGAAAUUGUUCUCGAAGAUCCUCUUGAAUUGUUUUCUAAUACCGUCGAAAUCCAAGAUGUAAACGACCAUGCUCCCGCAUUUCCCAAAAAAGAAAUAAAUCUGGAAAUCAGCGAAUCGACGCCAACGGGUACUGUAUUCCUGCUUGAUAGCGCAGCUGAUCCUGAUGUAGGAAUAAACUCCCUGCAAAGUUACUCAUUAAAGACUAGUGAUCAUUUCAUUCUCAAACAACAAACUCGAGCAGAUGGUAGUAAAUUUGCUGAAUUGGUGCUCGAGCAUGGUUUAGACCGCGAGAAGCAGAGCGAACACAGGCUCAUACUGACUGCUGUCGAUGGGGGGGAGCUGCAGAGGUCUGGGACGGUAAAGAUACACGUUUCUGUUCUGGACGCAAACGACAACGCACCUGUUUUUUCACAGUCAGUAUACAAAUCAUCAGUCUCUGAAAAUAUUUCCAGGGGCACAGUUGUUGCUAUAGUCAGUGCCGUAGAUGUGGACCAAGGUUUCAAUGGUAACAUCACGUAUUCUUUCACUCAUUUAGAGGAGGAUUCAUCGUGUCCAUUCACAAUAAAUCCUUACACGGGAGAGGUUACGCUCACCGGUGAAAUCGAUUACGAAGUUUCUUUAAAUUAUGAAAUAAACAUUCAAGCCAAAGACCCGUGGGGUUUAGUGGGCGCCAGCAAAUUAAUGAUAGAGCUAAUUGAUGUGAAUGAUAACAGUCCACUAAUUAUAAUGGCUUCAUUUUCUGGUAAGAUUUCCGAGGAUUCUACACCCGGAACUGUCGUGGCGUUAAUCAGUGUCCAAGAUAAAGAUUCUGGUAAAAAUGGGCAAAUUCAUUUAAAUAUAGAUGAACGGCUCCCGUUCAAAAUUAAAUCAUCUCUUCGGAGCUAUUACACAUUGGUUACAGAGCAAAAUCUCGACCGAGAAAAGCUAUCGAAGUACAACAUCACCCUCACUGCCACAGAUGAAGGGUCGCCUGCCUUAUCAAGCACAAAAGCUGUCGUUUUAGAUGUUACUGAUAUUAAUGACAACGCCCCAGCUUUCAGCCAACGUGUUUACAACACUCAGGUAAUGGAAAACAAUUCUCCUGGUGUCGCUUUGGUACAGAUCCACGCCACUGAUCCCGAUCAAGGUCAAAAUGCACGCAUAUCAUAUUUUCUUAUUGAUGGCGAGGUCAAUGGACAUCCUGUCUCCGAAUUUUUCUCAAUCAACACAGAGAGUGGAGUCAUUCAGUCACUGCGUUCACUUGACUAUGAACAAGUCAAAGAGUACAAAAUACGAGUCAAAGCACAGGAUGGAGGCUCACCACCAUUAAGUAGUAACGCAACAGUUAUUGUGCGUGUCCGGGACCAGAACGACAAUCCCCCCCAGGUGCUGUACCCAGUCCAGACUGGUGGAUCAGUGGUGGCUGAGAUGGUACCUCGUGCAGCAGAUGUGGGCUACCUGGUGACUAAAGUGGUGGCUGUUGAUGUGGACUCUGGACAGAAUGCCUGGCUCUCGUAUAAACUGCAGAAAGCCACAGACAGGGUGCUGUUUGAAGUGGGCUUACAGAAUGGAGAAAUCAGAACUAUCCGUCAAGUGAAUGAUAAAGAUGUUGUGAAGCAAAGACUGACUGUUAUAGUGGAGGACAAUGGGCAGCCAUCUCGUUCAGCUACAGUCAUUGUUAACGUGGCGGUGGCGGACAGCUUCCCUGAAGUGCUGUAUUCGCAGCCAAUGAGUCAAAGUUUGGUUAGUGUGGAUGACGCCGGAAUUGAAACCCUCAAGAAUGGAGAGCAGUCAUCAGUAGUAUCUCGCAUGUCUACUUUGGACCAUAUCAACUGA